AUGGAAGGUCAUGAGCCGGAGGGCGGCGGACGUUGUGGCGAGGGCCCGCUAGCGCGUGCGAUGCAGCCCGCACCGCCGGGCGGCUCGCCCAAGCGCCACCCACAGCCAACAUCACAUGGUGGGACGGCAGGAGACCAGUCAACGCUCAAAGUUCACCUUCCAAAUGGCGGGUUCAAUGUGGUGCGAACGUCAGCAGAUGAAGAUGUCAGAUCAGUUUUAAGGCUACUGGCAGCUAGGUUAGCCUCUGGAGACCGGGUCUACACCAGCUGCUUUGCGCUAAGAGCCAAGAGACUUACUACUGGGAAGAUACGAUGGAUUCAUCAAGAUACACCGGUGUCAGAGCUGCUGACAAAGUGGCCGGCGAGCGAAUGGCGGCUGGAACUCCGCGUGCGCUACCUGCCAGCGAACCUUCGUGACCUGUGCGACGCUGACCGAGUCACUUUCCAUUAUUAUUAUGAUCAGGUGCGACAUGACUACCUCAACGCCAAUCAUCCCAUGGUAGACCAGGAUUUGGCGAUACAAAUAUGUUGUUUAGAAAUAAAAUACUUCAGUAAAGAUAUGCAAAUAUCUCUGGACAAGAAGUCCAACAUAGAAUAUCUGGAGAAGGAGUUCGGUCUACACAAGUUCCUGCCUAAGUCGGUGCUAGACGCCAUCAAACCCAAGGUGCUCAAAAAGGCUAUACAGCAACAGUUCAAAAAGGUGGCGAAUUUGGCUGACACAGAAUGCAUGUUGAAGUACUUAGAAACCAUGCACACGCACUAUGGGUAUGACCGGGAGACGUUCACUGGCGCACUCGGCACCGGCUGGGCCAUACCCGUCGAACUGGCCAUUGGACCUUUUAUAGAUAUAUCAUACGUGUCACAUAAGGCCGGCGAACCACCAACAUACACGAAAAUAGCAUCAUUCUGUGACAUCGUCGCCGUGCAGACACUUAAGUCGAACUGCACGCAACAGUCACAAACACAGAGCGGAUCGUGCGGGAAGGCAGCGUUACAGUUGAGAGUGAAGGGUACUACGGAGACCCUCACAAUUACGUGCAGCAGUGUAGAGGCUGCAGAGAGUUUAGCAGAUUUGGUAGAUGGAUAUUGCAGACUAGUCACAGACUCACAAACCUCGCUCUGGAACAGAACGACGGAGAUGAGCAGCAGUUCGUCGGAAGGCAAGACGAGUUCGUGGGAAGGGAACACGGCGACGCUAUCUGAAGAUUACGCCGAGAUUGUAGACGAUGACGCUGACUAUUCUACACCAGCAGUUCGUGAUUAUGAGCUGGUUCGUAAUCAGAUAGAACUGACGGGCAUCAUCGGCGAAGGACAAUUCGGAGAUGUACAUAAAGGCACGUGCCGCGUGACGUCGGCCAAGCACCCGUCGCUGCGGCGCGCGGCGGGCGCGGGCGCGCUCACCAACGCGCGCGGCGAGUGCGUGCUGCCCGUCGCCGUCAAGACCUGCAAGAUGGACGCCGACCUCGACACCGCGGAGAAGUUUCUAGAAGAGGCCUAUAUAAUGCAGCAGUUCUCACACCCACACAUAAUCGGUCUAAUAGGAGUGUGCAGCUCCCCGCCUAUAUGGAUAGUCAUGGAGCUCGCCACGCUCGGAGAAAUGAGGGCCUACCUACAACAGAACGCUCAUAGAUUAGAGACGUGUAAACUAGUGUUAUAUAUCUACCAGCUGUCCACCGCGCUCAGCUACUUGGAGAGCAAGAAGUUCGUACACAGAGAUAUUGCAGCUCGAAACGUACUCGUUUCUACGCCCACUUGUGUUAAGUUAGCAGAUUUCGGACUAUCAAAGAUGGUGGAAGACAAGUCGUACUACAAGGCGUCACGUGGGAAGCUUCCCAUCAAAUGGAUGGCACCGGAGUCAAUCAACUUUAGACGGUUCACUUCAGCUUCUGAUGUGUGGAUGUUUGGUGUAUGUAUGUGGGAAAUCCUAAUGCUCGGAGUGAAACCGUUUAGUGGAGUCAAGAACAAUGACGUCAUCGGCAAACUAGAGAACGGCGAGCGACUGGCGUUACCUCCCAGGUGUCCGCCUAGACUGUACUCUGUCAUGUCCAGGUGCUGGGCUUACGAGCCCAGCCAGAGACCGGCCGCACAUCAACUAAAAGAGACCUUAUUCGAGAUCCUGCAGGAGGAGCGCAGCUCGGCGUGGGACACGAUGCGGCGCGAGAACCGGCGCGUGGCGGCCGCGUCCUUCAGCGACGAGCCGCCGCCCAAGCCGCAGCGCCCCGCCAACAACGUGCCCGGAGACACAAGUUCGACGCCGGCCGGCGGCAACACGGCGCAAACGUACAUCGUGGCACAAAACCCACUCGUCCUAGCGCACUUGCUGCGAGAGAACCAAGCGCGGGCGCUCCACCCGCAAGCCUACACCACUCCCGCCUCGGUAUUCAACACUGUCUCCGUAGACUUCGCCGAGACACUACCGGAGACCCACGAAAUUGUCGAAAAGAUCAUCCAUCCCCGUCCAGACGAAAAGAUAGACAUUCCGCUCCAAACCGCCCCUAUACCCGCAGCGAGUCUUCAGAAACUUGAUCCCAUCGUCCCCACUCCGACCGAACUUCCUGACGAGACCCUAACGGUUGUGGUAGGAGCUCACGAAAGUUGCGAAAAUCUCUGUCAGAAUGUGGCAAGCGUGUCGCCGCAUGCUGACAACGUAGAUCCUGACGCUGAAGCCACAGAUUCCUAUGUAGGAGAGCCUUAUGCUAGUCGCGUGAGGUCCUUAGAACGCGCCCCACGAGCGUUAUCCAGUGCCGAACGUGCUCCUGUACGUAUGGGGUCCCUUGAGAGAAACCCACGCGGUAGUCUCUCUCAUCGCGCCUCACCGGUUCCUAUAGCUCCCUUAGCUCGACAGCACUCAGUGCCCGCUUCCCCACCCCCGCGUACCCGCCGUGACCAGGAUAUCGGCCAAUUUGCCGUUCAAGGAGCUCUGAACGCUCAACUUGCAGCUAGUGUGAUGAACAAAAUAAGAACGCAACCUGACCCACCCCUUGUAGAAGAAAUUUAUGAUUUCGGUGGAGAUAAUGUCAAAAGUUGCGUAGCAGUUGCCGCUCAAAGGGCGAUGGCAAGACCACAGUAUCGUCCCCCGAACAUGACCGCUUCGCAUCCGUCCGCUUAUGGAGUCCCAGUGGCUGUGGUGCAAGGAGUACCUUACUCCCCUAAAGUACCCCCUGGAUUCGUGCGCUCGGGGAGCCCCCAACCUUAUCCCGCAGGCUCACAUAACUUUGCUCAACAACCUAUGGGAGUCGUACCCCCUAUGUCGUACGGACAACAACAGAUUUACACAUCACAUAAUGUGGUAUCCGGCGCGCAGCCUAUGAUGUACCGAGCACAGGUUGCCAGCUCGCAGGCAGGUGGACAACUGGCUACACCUGUGUAUCGUCCGCCUCUGAUGCACCCUGCGGAAGCGUCGGUCAUGUUUGCGUCGCGUCUGGAAUGUUCACCCGUUGUAGCAGCAAGCGUAGCUACUGGUGUAGUACCGCCCGUAGCAGCUGUCGUAGGUGCGGCCGCCGGCGUAGCACAUACAGUACAGAAUGAAGAGUGCGACAGUGAGCAGGCUGUGGAGCGGCGGUUAUUGGCUGAACUCGCGCGACAACAACACCAGAGUGAAGAGGAUAGAAGAUGGUUGCAGAUGCAAGAAGAAAACUUGAAGAAACGGUUAUCAAACGUGCAGUUAUCCACGGAGUCUGACCCGGGCGUACACACUAAGGAUCCCCACGGGCCGCAGGAACACAAACCCUCUAGUCAACCGCAUUCCGCGACAAAUUCAUCAGAAACCAGUCCAGCAAAUACAGUGAAACCUAGGGAAAAGGCCCUCAGUGAAGAAAAGCCGAGCAGCAGGGCGGCGCCUCGCACGGACCCGGUGUACGCGGCGACGACGGGCGUGGUGCGGUGCGUGAUGCGGCUGGCGGGCGGCGCGGCCGGGAACGCGGCCCCGCCCGACGCCGUGCUCGCCGCCGUGCGCGCCGUGGGCAGCGAGCUGCGCGCGCUCUGCGCCACCGUCGACCGCCUCGUCGUGCCCUUCCCCGCGCACGCGCAGCGCGGUAACUACUGCACCCACUCAUAUAUACACGCGCUCUGCGCCACCGUCGACCGCCUCGUCGUGCCCUUCCCCGCGCACGCGCAGCGCGGUAACUACUGCACCCACUCAUAUAUACACGCGCUCUGCGCCACCGUCGACCGCCUCGUCGUGCCCUUCCCCGCGCACGCGCAGCGCGGUAACUACUGCACCCACUCAUAUAUACACGCGCUCUGCGCCACCGUCGACCGCCUCGUCGUGCCCUUCCCCGCGCACGCGCAGCGCGGUAACUACUGCACCCACUCAUAUAUACACGCGCUCUGCGCCACCGUCGACCGCCUCGUCGUGCCCUUCCCCGCGCACGCGCAGCGCGGUAACUACUGCACCCACUCAUAUAUACACGCGCUCUGCGCCACCGUCGACCGCCUCGUCGUGCCCUUCCCCGCGCACGCGCAGCGCGGUAACUACUGCACCCACUCAUAUAUACACGCGCUCUGCGCCACCGUCGACCGCCUCGUCGUGCCCUUCCCCGCGCACGCGCAGCGCGGUAACUACUGCACCCACUCAUAUAUACACGCGCUCUGCGCCACCGUCGACCGCCUCGUCGUGCCCUUCCCCGCGCACGCGCAGCGCGGUAACUACUGCACCCACUCAUAUAUACACGCGCUCUGCGCCACCGUCGACCGCCUCGUCGUGCCCUUCCCCGCGCACGCGCAGCGCGGUAACUACUGCACCCACUCAUAUAUACACGCGCUCUGCGCCACCGUCGACCGCCUCGUCGUGCCCUUCCCCGCGCACGCGCAGCGCGGUAACUACUGCACCCACUCAUAUAUACACGCGCUCUGCGCCACCGUCGACCGCCUCGUCGUGCCCUUCCCCGCGCACGCGCAGCGCGGUAACUACUGCACCCACUCAUAUAUACACGCGCUCUGCGCCACCGUCGACCGCCUCGUCGUGCCCUUCCCCGCGCACGCGCAGCGCGGUAACUACUGCACCCACUCAUAUAUACACGCGCUCUGCGCCACCGUCGACCGCCUCGGUCGUGCCCUUCCCCGCGCAACGCGCAGCGGUAACUACUGCACCCACUCAUAUAUACACGCGCUCUGCGCCACCGUCGACCGCCUCGUCGUGCCCUUCCCGCGCACGCGCAGCGGUAACUACUGCACCCACUCAUAUAUACACGCGCUCUGCGCCACCGUCGACCGCCUCGUCGUGCCCUUCCCCGCGCACGCGCAGCGCGGUAACUACUGCACCCACUCAUAUAUACACGCGCUCUGCGCCACCGUCGACCGCCUCGUCGUGCCCUUCCCCGCGCACGCGCAGCGCGGUAACUACUGCACCCACUCAUAUAUACACGCGCUCUGCGCCACCGUCGACCGCCUCGUCGUGCCCUUCCCCGCGCACGCGCAGCGCGGUAACUACUGCACCCACUCAUAUAUACACGCGCUCUGCGCCACCGUCGACCGCCUCGUCGUGCCCUUCCCCGCGCACGCGCAGCGCGGUAACUACUGCACCCACUCAUAUAUCCACGCGCUCUGCGCCACCCGUCGACCGCCUCGUCGUGCCCUUCCCCGCGCACGCGCAGCGGUAACUACUGCACCCACUCAUAUAUACACGCGCUCUGCGCCACCGUCGACCGCCUCGUCGUGCCCUUCCCCGCGCACGCGCAGCGGUAACUACUGCACCCACUCAUAUAUACACGCGCUCCUGCGCCACCGUCGACCGCCUCGUCGUGCCCUUCCCCGCGCACGCGCAGCGGUAACUACUGCACCCACUCAUAUAUACACGCGCUCUGCGCCACCGUCGACCGCCUCGUCGUGCCCUCCCCGCGCACGCGCAGCCGGUAACUACUGCACCCACUCAUAUAUACACGCGCUCUGCGCCACCGUCGACCGCCUCGUCGUGCCCUUCCCCGCGCACGCGCAGCGGGAGGUGGAGAUGGCUCACCAGGUGUUGAGCAAAGACAUGGCGGCCCUAGUGGAAGCGAUGCGCCUCGCUAUACAAUACCAUAACACCACCCUGCAGCAUGAGUACUCAAAGAACAUGCUAGCAGCGGCCCACAUUCUAGCGAUGGACGCCAAAAACCUGCUCGACGUAGUUGAUUGCAUCCGCGACAGACAUCCCAACAUCGACUGGCGAGCCGCCCUCGAACCAGACCUCGAGCCUUCCAGCCCCAACACCAACAAUAUUAUACCUCAAAACCAAACACUCCAGUCACAAAACCAGGUUUUCGAAGCCCAUAACCAAAGCUUCAUACCUCAAAACCCCGUCCUAAGUAACCAAUCUUCGGUACAAGAAGAUGAACCCCCGUCGCCGAAGCCCGACUUUAAAAUAAAUCAGCCCGUCACUACCAGUCAGCUGAUGCUCACAGAACACCCACCCAAAGAACACUCAAGUCUUCCGGGAACUUCGAAUAGAGUAUCUGCGCUUAUACAUAAUUAUAAUCUGUAUGGGAACGUCGAACCGCAACAUAUAUAUGGCAACACCGAAGGGUCUUCGUUUCAAUACCCGUCGUCGGGAUCGGAUGACGUGAAAGUAGAUUCGGCGCCUAUGGCAUCCGUCAAAAGCCGAGUUCAAGCGCUAGCUGGCAAGCUGGACUCCCCCCCUAUUUACUCAGUUAGCAAAAAAAUGAUCCCGCUCGACCAAAAUAUUAUCCACACUGAUCAGGGGUGA